GUUAAUGCAUAGUAAGUCAGCGUUAAGGUGGCGCUUGACAGUUUGUCUUUGGAGUGGGUUGUUGAACUGAACUUGGCUGUCUUCAAAGACGAGAAACAGCCAAAAUGAGUGGGCUAAAGCGCAUGUCGACUAUUGACGGCCGUAAAACGACACAAAUUAUAUCUUGGAUUAGAAAUAAACUAACAAGGAACAUAAUUUACAAGGACGCUAACAGGUACCCAAGUUCUCAAACUGCAAGUGAUCAGCCUCUUCCAAAUCUUCCUGAUGGUCCAUCAGCCCGUCUGUCUGAAAACUACUAUUACACACGAGAUGGACGCUGUUUGGUGGAACCUCCUAAGGUGCUGUAUAGCACUACCCCAGGACAACAGACUCUCGCUGCUGGAGGUACCGCUGAAACAGCCAGCUCUGAUGUUGAAUCUGAGGCCCCAAAGAAAAGACUAGGACCCACUCCUCCAGGCUUUCGUCUUCAUUCAGAGAUGACACCCAAAACAUACAACCCUAAAUUGGUGUGACACUGUUAUUGGAUCCAUAGGCUAUUCUGAUUUGAUUGUAUCAUGUGUAAAUAAAUGAUUUAAAUAAUCAA